CAGAAGAGGAGAAACGCUGCAGAGUAUGGAACGCUGUAGAACUUUCUGAAACAUUUGCUUGGGAUUCCCGGGGAGCAUGAUCUUUUAAAACCAAUUCUUUCUGAAGCCGGUUUGGGUAACUGGGAAAAUGAUACAUAUGCUAAAUGCAGCAGCUGAUCGAGUGAAAUGGACCAGAUCGAGGACUGCUAAAAGGGCUGCCUGCGUGGUGGCUGCAGCCUAUGCUCUGAAAACCCUCUGUCCCAUCAUUGGCAAGCGUUUAAAGCAAUCUGGCCACUGGAAGAAAAAAGAAGCUUACCCGGCUGCAGAGAACAGAGAAAUACUGCAUUGCACCGAGGCCACUUGUAAAAAACCUUCGCCUGGAGUGAAUGCAGAUUUUUUCAAACAGCUACUAGAACUUCGGAAAAUUCUCUUCCCAAAACUUGUGACCACUGAGACAGGAUGGCUCUGCCUCCACUCAGUAGCUCUAAUCUCAAGAACCUUUCUGUCUAUCUAUGUAGCUGGUUUGGAUGGAAAAAUCGUGAAAAGCAUUGUGGAAAAGAAGCCUCGGACUUUCAUCAUCAAAUUAAUCAAGUGGCUUAUGAUAGCCAUUCCUGCCACCUUUGUCAACAGUGCAAUAAGGUACCUAGAGGGCAAAUUGGCCUUGGCCUUCAGAACUCGCCUAGUCGACCAUGCCUAUGAAACCUAUUUUACAAAUCAGACUUAUUAUAAGGUGAUCAAUAUGGAUGGGAGGCUGGCAAACCCUGACCAGUCUCUUACUGAGGAUAUUAUGAUGUUCUCUCAGUCUGUGGCUCACUUGUAUUCCAAUCUGACCAAACCUAUUUUAGAUGUAAUCCUGACUUCCUAUACACUCAUCAAGACUGCUACAUCCAGAGGAGCAAGCCCAAUUGGGCCCACCCUUUUAGCAGGCCUUGUGGUAUAUGCCACUGCUAAAGUGUUAAAAGCCUGCUCUCCCAAAUUUGGUAAAUUGGUGGCUGAAGAAGCUCAUAGGAAAGGCUAUUUGCGGUAUGUGCACUCCAGAAUUAUAGCCAAUGUUGAAGAAAUUGCCUUCUACAGAGGACAUAAGGUAGAAAUGAAGCAACUCCAGAAAAGUUACAAAGCUUUAGCAAAUCAGAUGAACCUCAUUUUAUCCAAACGUUUGUGGUACAUCAUGAUAGAGCAGUUCUUGAUGAAGUAUGUUUGGAGCAGCAGUGGACUAAUUAUGGUGGCUCUACCUAUUAUCACUGCAACUGGCUUUGCAGAUGGUGAUUUAGAGGAUGAUCGAAAGCAAGCUAUGGUUAGUGAGCGGACAGAAGCGUUUACCACUGCUCGAAAUUUAUUGGCCUCUGGAGCUGAUGCUAUUGAAAGGAUUAUGUCUUCAUACAAAGAGAUAACUGAAUUAGCAGGCUAUACUGCUCGAGUAUACAACAUGUUUUGGGUCUUUGAUGAAGUAAAAAGAGGCAUUUAUAAGAGAACUGCUGUCUUGCAAGAGUCUGAAAACCAUAGCAAGAGUGGAGCUAACGUAGAAUUACCCCUCAGUGAGACACUGGAAAUCAAAGGAAAAGUUAUUGAUGUGGAUCAUGGAAUUAUUUGUGAAAAUGUUCCCAUAAUUACACCAACGGGAGAAGUGGUGGCUUCAAAGCUAAACUUCAAAGUAGAAGAAGGAAUGCAUCUUUUGAUAACUGGUCCCAAUGGUUGUGGGAAAAGUUCUCUCUUCAGAAUUUUAAGUGGGCUCUGGCCUGUGUAUGAAGGAAUCCUAUAUAAACCACCUCCACAACAUAUGUUCUAUAUUCCACAAAGGCCAUACAUGUCUCUUGGAAGUCUUCGGGAUCAAGUCAUUUAUCCAGAUUCAGUGGAUGACAUGCAUGAUAAAGGCUAUACAGACCACGAUCUAGAUUGUAUCCUACAUAAUGUUCACCUCUACCAUAUAGUUCAAAGAGAAGGAGGAUGGGAUGCUGUUAUGGACUGGAAAGAUGUCCUGUCAGGAGGGGAAAAGCAAAGAAUGGGCAUGGCUCGCAUGUUUUAUCAUAGACCAAAAUAUGCAUUGCUGGAUGAAUGCACCAGCGCUGUCAGCAUUGAUGUUGAAGGAAAGAUAUUUCAGGCUGCGAAAGGGACUGGAAUUUCCUUACUUUCUAUAACACACAGGCCUUCUCUUUGGAAAUACCACACUCAUUUAUUACAGUUUGAUGGUGAAGGAGGUUGGCGCUUUGAACAAUUGGACACUGCUAUUCGUUUAACACUAAGUGAAGAAAAACAAAAGCUAGAAUCUCAGCUAGCUGGAAUUCCCAAAAUGCAGCAGAGACUCAAUGAACUAUGUAAAAUUUUGGGAGAAGACUCGGUGCUGAAAACAAUAAAAAAUGAAGAUGAGACAUCCUAACUUAUUUUGACAUGUUUUAAAAGUUAAUUUUUAGUUAAAGGCUCAGAGACACUGUUAUAGGGCAUGCAUUGUGUUAAGCUAAGCAGAGAGGAAAAAAAGACAGCAAGAAAUGUUUUAUAAGAUUUUAGCAUCAAGGAAAUAUAAGAUCUGACUUUUCAGAAGAAAAUAAACAAAUGCAUUAUGUAAGAUUAGUCAUUAUGGCUUAUACUAAUUCCUAGUGAAAGCCUAAUUCACAUGUAAAACAGGAUUUUCUAGGUAAAUUCAUGAUGAAUACUAGAUUUGCUAAUGUGUAUGUGUUGUGUCUGAAAUUCUUAACAAACAUGGGACAUAUCUUGAGAAUGGACAACUUAAGAGCAGUGUUUGGGUUGAAACAAGGUGCAGAAAAUUAGAAGUUUGAGUAACAUUUCUGUCCAUUUAUGGUUUUUAGAUUUAACAGCUAGAAUUCAUGUUCCUUUAUUGCUAGUGGUCAACUAAAACCUGUGUACAAAACCGCUAACAGUUUGAUAGAUAAUUUCAAUACAAAAGAAAUUCUUUUAAUGGCAGGGGUUGAAAGAAAAAAGCAUGGCUAUACUUCUU